CCUUUUUUGUAAGGUUGCAAAGAAAUACAUCUUGCCCCGUCUGCUACGUUUUCUGUCCGGCAGCUGAACCGUGCUCGGCGACUCGGUAUUGAUGGUUGAUCUUGGCCAACGGGUGAAGGCAAGACUAGUGCAUCCUAAUCCAUAAAUUGCAUUGCAUCGCUUUCGUCUUUCCCAACCCCCUACAAUGGCAUUAAAUCCGCAGUAUGAAGAAAUCGGCAAAGGAUUCGUCACUCAAUACUAUGCCUUAUUCGAUGACUCAACGCAACGACCGACCCUGGUAAACCUGUACAAUGCGGAAUUAUCCUUCAUGACGUUCGAAGGGCAACAGAUUCAGGGCGCGGCAAAAAUUCUCGAAAAACUGCAGAGUCUCACGUUUCAAAACAUUAACCGUGUGCUAACGGCGGUCGAUUCGCAACCAAUGUUUGACGGUGGUGUGUUGAUAAACGUCCUAGGAAGAUUGCAAUGUGACGAUGAUCCUCCACACGCCUACUCCCAAACCUUUGUUUUGAAACCGAUCGGAACGUCGUUCUACUGUGCACAUGAUAUUUUUCGCCUAAACAUUCACAACACCGCAUAAAACAUAACAAACACAUAUUCGGACAAAAAACAAACAAAUCGUUAAACAAAGUGAACAUGGGAUUAACUAAUUAAACUCGACGUAACUCUGGCCCCUGCUCGCACCCACAUCCAUACACUUUCCCUCCUGCCCUCUUCACUCCGUGGUGCGGGCGGAAUGCAAUUGAUUGAAGCUAUAUUGUGCCGGUUGCAUGUGACGAUGGAAUCAUCUCUCUCAGCCCAAGUUUGUUUUAAAUAAUAAACUAUGCUUUACUAACAGCCUACAAA